AUGAAGUCAGCUUUGUCAUCAGUGCAACUUACUCUGUUUGCUUUGAGCCAACUUUCCAUUUUAGAAGCUCUUGUGCUUCCCAACUUUUAUCCCUUUGGUCAGAGUGAGGGCGACCAGCUAGUUCCUACAAAUGACGAUGGGAGCUCUGGGACGAUACCAAUAUCGGUUCCAUUUCCUUUCUUCGACAGAAAUCACAAUUCGCUGUUUGUAAGUAUAACAUUUCUGUAUCUAUUGCAUUCCAAUCUUUCCAGUGGCUUUAAGUACGCCAUGUACCGUUAUCAACUGCUGUACAAAAUCGCUUUUGGUUCAAGUGAAAAAAGAACAAAACAAAAUGUUAAUUAUGUUAAUAACAGUAAAAAACAACAGUGAAAGCAACAAAAACAGAAAACGUCGUGAUCUAGUUAUGCCUAGACUUACCUGCAUAAUAUCAUCCAGAUCUCAAACAAGUGUUAAUUAUGUAACUUGAUUUUUUUCUGAUGCCUCUCCAGACAGAGGAGACCUCCCUUGAAACAUUUUGAUUUCUUAUGGAAUAAAACAUAAAGAGUGCUAUCUAUCCUUUGUAAAAAUAAUCACCUUCACGACCUUUUUUUUACGUAAUGUUGGAAAAGAAACAGCACAUUUCGGUAACGUCCUGUUCAAAUUUAAUGGUGUUUAUCGCUUGUAACGGCCAUUCAACCUCAGUGAAAGCCUUUGUGUUUAAGACUGAAAAUCGUCUCGUUUUAGCUCUUUAUUUGUGUUCAAUGUAUCAAAAUAUAUAACUUGAGUGAUGUAACAGUAUUUGAAAUACUUAUUGAAUAGACCAAUCACAUGCCAGUGAUUGGUCAAUGUAGAAUUUAAUCCUAUUGAUCUAUGGGUAUGCUAAAAUGCUUAAAUAUUGUGGGGUUUGGUUUUACGAUCAAAGUUUUCUUAACGGCUUUGCCUAUGCAGAAAUUAAGGCGAAAUCAAAGGUUUCUCUUGCGUUCCUUUUGAGUGUGCUACUGGUUUCGUACAUACAAAAACAAUUACCCAUUUAGGUUUCGAUGACAAACGGUGAAUAUUUGUAUCGCCGAUCGCCACUGAUCAUCCCCGAACUAACCAAUCCGUGCGUGCAAAAACACUAAGUUUGUUAGAAAAUUUUAACAGAGUAUUUCAAAUUAACAUUUUGUGUAUAAAAAUACAGCUAAACUCAUUAAGGUUUAGCUCAGUACUUUAGCUCAUAUCAAGAGAACUGAACUUUAAUCGAGCAUGCAUGUGUAGAGGAGGAUAUUGAACACUGACCGCCACUUCAGGCCACAUACUAUGGCGUCAUUAGCUGGUUUAUACAACAGGCACGUUUCACUUGUAUACCUGACAUGUCGUGAAACCUGAUUACCAUUUACCAGCCUCUCAAGGACACAUUGAAUAUGUGGUCUUUUGUUCUCUGGUAGGCCCCUCUGCAAGUAUACUGUAAAAGAAAUUCAGCUCUCUGCUUUUUUGGUUCCUCCGAUAUGUCGACGAAAUGUAAUUGCUCAGCAUCCAUCGGUGAAAGAAGGCAGAAGAAGUCAAUAGCCAAUACAUUAUCUUCUAAUAGGUCCUUUGUUAAAUGAUUGCAAAUCUCUUUAUAUUUGUGCUGAUAUUGCAAUAUCAGCGGCAGUAAAAGAGAAUGGCUGUGAAUAUAUGAAAAUCAUGUAUGUGAACUGCGGAUAAAGACUUGAAUAUGAGAGCGAUCUUCGCAGUAAUGAACACUACUUGAGCAGUAGUGCAAAUAAGGCCUGAAAAAACUUCAGACCUGCACGGAAUUUGAACCUAUGACCUCUACGAUACCGGAGCAGUGCUCUGCUGCACCGGUACUCCACUGCACCGGUAUCGCAGAGGUCCCAUGAUGGGUUCAAAUCCCAUACAGGCUUAAGUUUUUUGUUACGCCUUAUUUUCACUACUGCUCAAGUAAAGUUCAUUACUGCGAAGAUCGCUUUCAUAUUCAAGUGAAAACAUAGUUAAUUUUCCAUAUAAGUAUUACUUGUGUUACUUACAUUUUGUCACUUUUUUUAAUCGUGACAACUUUCCGUUUAAUCAUUUUGUACCGAGCUGACUGAGCGGCUCUAUCGGUCCGAUAUCGUCCUUGUUUCCUUUCUCCAACCACUGAAGAAAUGCAAAAUGGUUUCCGUGUUUACAUAGCCUGAUGUAAACACGCGGUAGGUUGGGAGAACACGAGAUAAGCGUAGGAACCACUACGCGAAGCGGAGUGGUUUCCAGCUUUCCAGCUUUCCAGGCUAUGUAAACACGGAAACCAUUUUACAUUUCUUUUAUAAAAUAACUAAUGAAAGAGGAACGAAAACCGUGUUUACAUACGCUCAUGUAAGAUGGUUUUAUGGCCAAUCAGAGCGCGCGUACUAUUUGAAUUAUUUUAUAAAAUUCUUUGUUUUUAAGACUACCAGUUAUGUAACUCAAAUGUUCUAAUACCUCAAUUAAUAUCAGAAAUCAAUUCAGUUUAGGGAAAGCCACAUACAAUAACUGAAAGCAACUCAAUGCCUUUCUCAUUUGUAUAUGACCCACAUAGAGAAGGGCCUUUCACCGAAGAAACUUUCAUUUCUGAGACUUAAGCGCGUUGUCUUAACGGCCAAGCAGGCAAAAGAAACUAUCAUUAGAACCUAAUGUGGCUACAACAGAAAUGCUAUGUUAUAUGUUUGAAGUGAGAGACGAAAGCCGUAAGCAUGUAUAUAUCGGAUUGCUUCAGGAGUUUGUGAGGUCUCCAUCUUUAAUCAGUGUCAUCAUAGGCUAAAUUGAGGGAGCAAACACCGAAUAUUUUCAAAAUCCAAUAAACCGACCUUACAGAGUCUGGGUGCUAAAGGGAGAGCUUCCACUGUUUGAUGAAAUAAUGCAGACGCAACCAAGUUAGCCAUUUCCUUGAGCAUAGCAUGGCUCGCCAUAGAUAAUCAUGAUAUACGUUGUGGAUGCAUAGCCUAUUUUCCCCUUUCCUGACUUUGAGUUACUCUGAACAGACUGUAGGAACCGGAUCGUUUCAGUUAGUAGUAAUAAACAAACUUGUGACCCUUAGGUCAACACCAAUGGCGUGAUUUCGUUUCUUGUGCAAGUUUCACAAUACACACCAGAUACUUUCCCUCUGGAUGGCAAUCGUCGCGUGGUGGCGUCAUUUUGGGCUGAUGUUAAUACAAAUAAUGGAGGAGAGGUAUUCUACCGAGAGACAACAGAUCCUAAUCUACUUCAACAGGCCACUGAUGACGUCAAAAGCGUCUAUGUGGGUCAAAGGAAAUUUCGGGCCACGUGGUUGCUAGUUGCAACAUGGUAUAAAGUGGCUUUCUAUGGUGCCAGUGGGAAUUACACAAAAAAGGUAAAAUCCGCAGGCGAAACUAACUCGCAUAGCUUAAAAAGCAAAUGUUCCAGGUUCCGUUAUUUGAAGAAGAAAAAUGAAUGUUCAUACUCAACCUAAAUGAAAUACUAGUUCAUUAUUCCAAACCAUCCCCCCCCCACACCCCAUCCCCCUACCCUUGCGACAGCUCAGUGCAUGAUACUCCUAUGUAUACUAAUUGGUGUAGAGAGGCUCUAAAGAACACUCGUUUGGUUUAAAUUAAAAAUUCAAGAUAGGCAUUCUCAUCUGUUUGUCUGCCUGCCUCUACUCUACCCAAUGGAUAGAAGUAGAGGUAGAAGUCCAGUAUUGCCGAUCACUAUGUCUUCAUUAUAGUUUCUGUUUCUUUUCACCAGACAAACACUUUUCAGGCGGUUCUCAUAACCAAUGGUAAACACUCAUUUGUAAUUUAUAAUUACAACAAUAUCACAUGGACAACAGGUACCGCCAGUGGAGGGAAUGUAAGCGGGCUUGGAGGUUCUCCAGCGCAGGUAUCUUGAAUCAGUUGAUCAUAAACGAUGCAGUGCAACAGCAGUGACAUGCAAUUUUAAGCAACUGCGCGUUGGACCUAUAUACACCCUCUUUAAAGUGGAGUCUUCCUUUUUUUCUUUUUAUUUCGGAGAGGGUUUUAUCAGGUGAAAAAUAGUUGUUUCAUCUAUUCUCUUCACCGAUCCGUGCUCUUUUCGAUCUGUUAAACAGGCAGGCUUCAAUGCUGGGGACGGUAUAAGAUAUUUUAACGUACCGGGAUCAGCCACAGAUAGGAUUAUCAAUGUUAGCUCAAAUUCUAAUGUAGGAAAGCCUGGGCGAUGGAUGUUCCGUAUUGACAGCGCAAAGAUCGAGGCAGGUGGCUGCAACACAAAAGGUAACAGCAUACCUAUUGAUGAUAUGUAUAUUGGGUAUGUAAAAAAAAAAAAAGGUUUGAGUCAGGGUUUGCGCAGCUUAAAAAAUCGCGCCGAAAUUCUUAGAGAAGCAUAACGAAGCAUAAUUUAUCAGGUGAUUGAGGGAUCGUGCAAGCUGUUGGUAGGUGAUAGAAAGGCUACAGAGUAAUGAGUAAAAGAGCUACCUUGCAUGGUUGUGCUGUACACCAAAAAUAUCAGUAUAAAAUUGGAAAAUAAUAAUUACGUGGACUUCACGAGCUCUAUAUAACUAGAAGGACGUAAUACACUGUAAAGAACUCAUGGUCUGAAUUUCGCUGUUUGCAGGAUCUCUUGUCGUGUCGCCCCACUCUGUGAUGAUGCUCGGUGGCGAUAACAUAUUUGUCGGUGGGCCUUGCUACGAACUAUCAAAUCUGAUCGUUUGUGAAUUCCCUGGAGGAAAAUUGAGUAAUGGAACCUACAUAAACAACAUACAGUCAUCUUGUACCGUGCCUAUGCUGAAUGUAACUGGGAGAUUGACAAUCAAAAUGUCGAUCAAUGGUGGAAAAAGUUUCGAUUUUCGAGGGAUUUUAACUGUUGGUAAAGUAAAUUUCUUUUUUCAAAUCUUUUAACCUUUUGUUGCCUCAGUAUUAUUUUUUCAGUUUAUUUUAGCAAAUAUCUGACAAAUCAUGGAUGUAUAAGGGACGAAACUAUUUCAAGAAAUAUACUCCAUGAAUGGUUAUGGUUUCAUGCGUAGAUUAAAGCGAACAUUAACUUUAACUGGUUCUCACUCUCUAUAGUGAACAUCAAAAGGGUUCCCCCUCGUGUUGAUCGGCUGGUUCCAAGUUCCUGGAGUGAAAAUGUUCCUGUCAAGAUCAACUGGGAUCCAGGGCACCUCGGAGUUGACACCCUUUCGGUGGCUGUUCUUUUGGCGCGUUUCUCAAUGAAGGAUGAUGAUGUCUACUUUCAUAGCAUGUUUUCUUUAAAAGAAGAACAAAAGAAUACUGGAGAAAGUCAAUUUACUGUCCCAGAAGGAGAGGGACAGGGGUAAGCAAAAACUUUGGCGUCCGAAUGACGCUAGUCUGCUUAUUUAGUAUGUUUGUGUACAUCUUGUGUUUUGAUUUUACCGUUUUCAAUACUUUGAGUCGUUUUACCCAAGUUUCAAGAUCAUUCACUGUUAUUAAAAGGGAAAGAGAAUAUAAACAGGAAUUUAAAUUUUGAGAAAGGAGCAUCGUUUUCGUGUAUCUUUGCCUGUUUUGUAGGUGACAUCAGUCGGCAGCUUUCCACUCGAAAUAGUGGAAAAAAACAGUUAGUAGUUUUCUUCCGAUUCUUCAGCUAAAUUAUAAAUUAUUUUCCAUGGAAGAACACGAAAAAUGGGAAUCAUAACAUCACAACAACUGCUUUCUCCAAGCACUCUUCAACCUACUAGACCGAAGUGACUGAACGUGCUGCUUAUAACUGAUUAGACUGUAACGUUUCGUUUACUCAAAUUCUCAGAGCAGCAGUUGGGGAUAACCAUUUUGUUACAUUGGUGUUGGUCAAAAAGAUAUCUGACAACUUCAGCAAUUCACCGGCCGAGUGGAUCUGGAGCGAUAUGUUUUACUGGUUUAACUAUGGACUGGCCGAGCAGAGAUGCAUGUUUUGGCACGAUAGGCAGCCCGAUCCCCAAAUAUAUACAGGUAUAAAAUUUCAACCUUUACAAAACUUCAGAAAUGGUUCAGUAAAUUGUCACGAGCCACCUGAAUGGUAUUAUUAUUAAUAGGAAAUGUUUCAAAAAUGUUCUUUUUGAUGUAUUUUUCCCAUACUUAUUGUAUUCCCCAUUCCCGGGAAGAUGCUUAUCCACGUUAAAAACAUCAUACAAAAGCAUGCAUCUUAAUGGAAGAGGAGAUUUUCGAUAGCCAUAGUGUUCGAAAUAUGACCUGGAUGAUUUAUUUUUUUGCCAGGGUUGGGGGGGAGGGAUUGCACAGUAAAGGAGCAACCGCAACUCUGCCUUCAGAUACACCCAAUACUAACGAUGGAGAAUGAAAAGCACAGAAAACACAAGAUACAUAAAUCGAUUUCAGUCGUUGAUGCUCUCUCUGUGAUUCUUUGUCAUAACAGAUGAUGCCACCCUCCUUCCUUGUCCACAAACGUUUCUUCAAGCACAAGCAGACCGCGGCCGAUUUACCUUGGACGAAUACUGCAAUCCUACAGCCGAUCCGUACCAAUGUGUUCUUUAUCAUUUUGGAGCCUCUCAUUGCUUUAGGGCAAACAUUCCGAGGUAUUUUGUGCCCAGGCGUGAUACUGUUAUGAAACUUUUUUAAAAUUUGCGUGCCUUUGCAUUAUUUUAUGCAACCACAAGGGGCAAUCUUUGCCUUUGCAUAGCUAAGUAGUUCGUCCUCAAUUAUUUUUAUUUUCAGUGAGCAAGGUGCUGGACAGCAGUGCUGCUACUCUAGACCAGGAAAUUUGAUGAUUGGUCCACAAAAUGGAGGAUCCCUUGAUCGAUACCAUAUUGAGGCUGGAGUGCCAGCCUUGUCACAUUUCUUUCAAGAUCUUGUUCCUUAUUUGGAUUGCUGCCUGCUCUCUGACAACUGUGAACGUUACUUUGAGAAAAGACCUUCAGAUGAUGGUUCCCGCUACGUACCUCCUAGGCCUGGUAAUAAACCUAUAGUUUAGAAAGAACUUGACCUUUGAGAUUAUUUUUGACUGGGAAUGCUUGCUUCUCAUUGGUCCUGAAAUUUUUCGAGUCGUGAAGUGUAUAGUUUUUCCGCGCGCGUAACUGGGAUUGCUCAGUCGAUUCCUUCGUCAGUCAGUGUUAACUCUAUGUCUAUUUCAUUCAGUUUGGUCAAAAUUUAUUUGUCAUCAACUCUACAUAAUUAAAAAAACACAUUAAUGUAAUGCUAAAUGAUUGUUAAAAUAAUUCAUUAUUUGUCCUGUUUUUAUUUAGCAACUGGAAUAACAGAUCCUCACAUGAUUACGCUCGACGGUUUUGAGUACACUUUCAAUGGUUAUGGCGAGUAUCAUGUCCUCCAGAUACCUCCUAUUGACUUUGAGCUUCAGGGACGAAUGCAACCUUUAAUCGAUGAUAAUGGCAGCAGUACUAGUGGUACAGUAUUCAAAGCGUUUGCAAUGAAAGAAAAUGGUUCUGAUGUUGUACAGGUAGAGUAUCUUUAGUAACGAAUCGUAAAAUGUUAUUUCACCGAUUAGUGAUAACGUUAAAGAUGCCAUCACCCGUAAAUCAUUCAAAUGAGGUAUUCGCAACAGGCAUUUCAUUACACACGCCUAAGGUUUAUCGACCUAUCAGGAAGAGACCAGGUUUACAGCAUUAGCCAAUGAGACUAUAAGCCCUUAACAGUACUCUCCUUUCUCUACUUGUCGCUACAGAUUAUACUCAAUCUAUUUUACAUCCCUUUGGAGACACACACAAGCCAUUGCUAAUACUAGUCACCCUUUUUAAUUUACAUACCAAAAGGUGAAAAUAAAUGUCCUUUUUUAUCCGCUUAAGUGUUGAUAAUCUUUUGGAACAUAUUGUUGUCAUGAAAAUAAAGGAAAAAUAUAUGCAUGACGCUGAGUUUAACCCAUGGUCGCGAAAGGAUCGUUUUUAUAUAGCAAAGAACAGUAGCCCUUUCCUUCAAGAACUUUUUAGAAUGCGGUGUGCGGUGUAUCUUAGCUUGAUCACUGCUCACGAUAAUUACCAUUGUUAUUGUUAUUGUAUAUUUAUUACCUUUUCUAUUACCCUUUUUUUUCAGAUACACAUUAAUGGCCGCCGCGAGAUAGAAAUUUUGGUUAAUAGUGCUCUGGUGGAAUUCGAUGAACAGUUUAUGAUGGAUUUUCAAGGCGCCACAGUAAUAAAGUAUAACAACACAUCUAAAUACUCCGUCAUAUUUAACUCUGGACUAUCCGUCACAAUUGAGAGGGUGGAGGAUCUUUUACAGUUUAUGCUACUGGUGCCACCAGAGUUUAAAGGUAUUUUUUGCAUGGUUUUUUAGGUUGAUUGUUAUUCCCCUGUGGAGAACUAAACCUUUGGCAUGCUUAAAACUCGAAUUUUAAAGCUUUGCAAACCACAACCGCCUGUAUUUCCACAUUAACUUGUGGAAUUUCUCCCAAAUUGGUGGUAAAUACACCAAUCCUGCUCGCAAACAACAUUUUGCACUUUUCAUCCUUACUAUCAGCGCUUGACGACAGUAGUUACUGAUAAUACGUUGGAGGAGUUUGUUUUACUCGACCACAGUUCACCGCGUAUGGUUUACUUUAUAUUCUCUUUUCUUCGAUUUCCUUUAGAACAUACCAGAGGCCUUUUAGGAUUCUGGGACGGAAAUCAAGGGAACGAUUUUCUGCUUCCCAGCGGAGCAAGUCUUAGCCAUAAUUCUACCCAUUCCAGAAUUCAUUACGAGUUUGGUCAAUUGUGUAAGUAUUAGGCGGCGUCAGUGUCACUAUGCAUAUAAUAAAGUUACUCAGUAAUAAUAAUGAUGUCACGCAGAAGAUCAAGUUAAUUUUACAAGUGCUGUAUGUGUGUAUACUUCUUGCUGGGCUUGAGGUUCGUGAGUUGACACACACAUAUGAAUAUAGUGCUUAGCGGAUGCAGUCAGUUACCAUAAAUUGAAUAUUUCAAUGAGGAAUAUUUAUAUUUAGAUAUCUUUUCUAACUUUACUGUUCGAUUGACCUCAAAUUUUUCCAAUUUUUUUCUGCAUAAACUGUUUCAAUUGUUGUAACCCAAUGGACUGCAAUCACAAAUUUUUCUGCAGUAUUGUGUAGUUACUUUUGCUUACGUGAGGUGGUAUAAAUAUACCUUCUCAGCCUCCUUGCUCGAUAAUUUACCUUGGCAAGAGGACCCGGACUAUCUAUGAGAGGUUUUCAUAAGUUGUCUCGUUCUAAAACCAACUGAUAAUUAACUGAAAACCUGCUAUUUUCUAUGCAGAUUUUGGAGCUCAUAAUGAGCGAGCGUGAUUUUAAAGGAUUAUCAUAAAUUUGAACUGCGGAUAAAUAAAUGAAGAUGAGAAUUAUCUUUGCAGCAAUGAACACUACACUGUUUUUUGCAUUGUUGUUUUUUCAUCGCUGUAUUUUUCCAUACGGUGAAAAUGGUUUCCUAAUAUUUAGCAGCAAUGGCAAAAACUUGAAAAAAAAAAAACAUUCACACGUCUAGCACGACCAAGUUGUGAAUGAAAGUCUAUCAAUUUGAGGUUAUAUCUUCAAAGAUCUCGAAAAUUGAAUAACGGAUGAAGUUCUUUCCUCCCAGGGGCAACGAACGCAGAUAAUUCUCUAUUCACCUACGAGGAAGGCAAGAACCAUACGUCUUAUUUCGAUAAACAGUACGUGCCGACAUUUAUGGAUCCAGAUAACAUGGUGUUUGACAACGCAACCUUGGGUCACCUGGCAUAUAAAGUAUGCGGUGAUAAUAAGCAAUGUCUGUUUGACAUCAAGGCUACUGGAAAGGUCAGCAUUGGCCAGGCAGCAAAGAAAGCUGUGGGAUACUUCUUUUCACUUACCAAUGACCUUGAGACACCCGGUGAGUUUGGGCAUGAAAGGAGGAUCAUGACUGCUUUGUCAUAGCAGUGAUAUAAAGAUAAUGAUUAUGAUAUCUAUGGCAAUACCGAUGACAAUAAUGAGGAUAAUGUGCGAAAUGACGAAUUACGAAAGCAUCUUCAAUUUAGAUUUUUCUCAAUUUUGUUGGGUUAGCACUGAACUCGGCAGUAAAAUCUUUAUAGUUGUUUAAUUCCUUAUCGUUUUGAACGGUGUGAUUUCACCUGUCCGAUUUUUAGUUGCCAUUAACCAAACAGGUAAAUUAGAAACUUUGCUUGUGGAACAGCUAAUUAAGCCAUUGAUAAAGGCUGCCUGGAACCAAUCAUAUAAAAGCAUUUUGGUUCAGUAUUAACACCAUCACAUUGCUGAAACCGAUAUUUCCUAACAGGAUGCAUUCCCAUGGAGAACAAAAUUGGUAAUGGUAACGUUGUGAGGAACGAUACUCAAGAUGGCAGAAUCAUCUACCGAUUCCAGUGUAACUCUGGUUUCUUCCUGCAUGGCUCGUCUGUCAUAUCUUGUUUGCAGGGACAGUGGAACGGCUCAACUCCGAGCUGUCUGCCUGGUAAAGUGAUUUUCAAUAACGAUGAAUGA